CCCGGGGAGGAGCUGGAAUCCAGCCGGGGCCUGAGGGGAACCAGCCGGGCUGACGGGAACCGGCCGCCGCACCGGGGCCCCGCGGCGGGGACCCAGGGCCGGGGGCCGCUCCCCGGGGAACUGCCCAGUGGGGCUGGGGGGCCCGAGCGGGGCCCGGGCUUCGGGUCCCGACCAUAUAAGGCUGCGACGGGGUCCCUGCAACGGGGCCAGGCCGGAGUCCCACGCGGGGGGGCCGGGGUCCCCGCAGCCUGUGGCGCUGCGCUGGGGACCAGCGUGUGGCUGCCGCGGCUGCUCCUGCCCCCGCGGCGCUGAGGGGCAGGGAACACGGCGUCAGUGAUGGGGCAGCACGCACGGCGCCCGUCCCCGGGCCAGGCAGCGCAGGAUGCACGGUGCGAUGGUGUGUGGGCACCCUGCUCCUGGCAGAGCCCCAUCCCUGCGGGGCUCCCGAGGGCUGGGGGCUGCAGCCGUUUCUGCAGGGUCGCCAGGCAUGGCUGAGAGGCUGCGCUGGGGCAAGACCCGGACCAUUAACCCGCCGCAGUGGGCCAUGACGGUGCUACCGGUGGGGCUGGUUGGGCAAGCACAGGAGCGCGCCGGGGGAUCCGGGGAGUGGCCAGAGGGGCCGGAGUGUGCUGGGGGAUCCGGGAUGUGCCUGGGGAGCUGGAAUGUGCCGGGGAAGGCCUGGGGCAGGGGCUGUUGCUGUGUCUCUGCCGGGGUGAUGCCUGGUGCCUACUCAAUGCCUGGCGUGUGCCGGGAUGCUGUGCACGGUGUGUGCCGGAACGGCGCCCGCUGUGUGCUGGCACGAUGCUAGGUCCGUGCUAGGGCAGUGCCGGUGGCUGCUCUGUGCCGGGAUGAUGCCUCCUGGAUGCCAGGACAGCAGGCGGUGUGUGCCCAGAUGGUGCCCAGCGUGUGCCACGCUCGGUCCGUGCCAGGACAACGCCUGGAACUGGUGUGCCUACGUGGUGACACGCAGCGUGAGCUGCGUGGUGGAGGAUGGCGUCGAGAGCUUCAUCAAGCCAGACUACCAGCCCUGCGCCUGGGGGCAGCUCCAGUGCCCCCGAGUCCUGGCGUACCGCAGCUUCCUACGGCCCCGCUACAAGGUGUCCCAGCGCACGGUGUCGGAGCUGGCCUGGCGCUGCUGCCAGGGCUACUCGGGGCCGGACUGCAGCGAGGGGCCUUCUCCAGCAUCCCCCCAGCCCACCGGCCGUCCCCCGCCCCGCCCCGGCCGCCCCACGCUCUCUGGCUUCGGCAACCCCCUCAGCGGCCUGGGGGGUGAAGGCGGCGGAGACACGGAGAAGGUGCGGCGGCUGGAGGAGCAGGUGCGGCGGCUGAGCGAGCAGCUGGAGGAGCUGCGGGCCGGGCAGGAGCCGCCCCGGGCGGCUGUGGAGGGGCAGCCCCGGGGCGAGCAGCCGGCUGACGCGGCCGCCCCCGCCGAAGUGCGGGAGGCGCUGAGCCACCUCCAGCGGCGCCUGGAGGAGCUGGAGACCCGCCUGCACCGCACCGAGGGCGGCCGGGACGGCCCAGGGGCUCCGGGGGGCCCAGGGACGGCGGCGCUGUACGAGCUGGAGCAGCGGCUGCAGGAGAUGUGCGCUGCCUGCACGACCGGCACCGAGGGGCUGCGGCGGCAGGCGGCCGAGGACCGGGAGCGGAUGCGGGCGCUGGAGAAGCUGGUGAGCUCGGUGGACCAGCGCAACAAGGAUGCGGUGGAGUCGGUGCAGAGGCACAUCAGCAGCCUGAGCAGCCGCCUGGCCCCCGCCCCUGCGGCUCCCCCGUCCCCGGACGUGCUCCGUCGCCUGGCCGAGCUAGAGCGGCGGCUGGAGGGGCUGCCGGUGCCGGCGGCGGGGCCGGGGCAGGGACCGGUGCUGGCGCGGCGGCUGGCCGAGCUGGAGGGGCGGCUGAACGCUUCGCGCGCCGGCCCGUGGCCCUCCGAGCCCGAGGGGCGGCCGGGGGGGCUGCCGGGGCGCCUGGCCAACCUCAGCCGGGCGGUGGAGGGGCUGGCGGCCAGCGGGGCACAGCGCGGCGCCCGCCUGGACCAGCUCGAGGGGCUGCUGGCCCGCUGCGGCCACCCGUGCCCGGGGCAGGACGGGGAGCUCGGCCCCCACCUCCGGCAGCCAGAGGACGCCGAGGGUCUCUGGGAGGACGGGCUGACCGGGACCCUGGGAGGGCUGCUGGGGGUGCGGGGGGAGGCGCUGGCCGAGGAGCUGGAGCAGCUCCGCAACCGGACAGGGCGGCUGGAGGCGGCUCUGGAGGACCUGAGCGGUGACCCCUGCUCCCGGCCCUGCGCCUCGCCGCCCCCCCGGGAGCCGGAGCAGCUCCCGGCCGGCCCCGCGGAGCCGGAGGAGCCGGAUGCCCCGCUGGAGGGCUUCGGCGUCUUCGGGGGCACGUCCCCGUCGGAGCUGCGGGCGCUGCGGGGGGAUCUGGCAGCAGCGCUGGCGGGCCUGAGCGGGCUCAAUGCCACGGUGGAGGGGCUGCAGGACGCGCUGGAGGAGCAGGACGCCCGGCAGCGCCAGCUGAGCGCCCUCACCGACCGCGUGGUGGCCGAGCUGGACCAGGCGGCGGCGGCGUCGGCGGCGCGACAGGCCGAGAGCGAGGAGCGGCUGGAGGCGCUGGCGCGGGAGCUGGCGCGGGCCGGGGGCUGCCCCGCGGGGCUGGAACCACGCGUGGCCAAGCUGGAGGGGGUCUGCGAGCAGCUGGAGGCGGUGGCCGGGGGGCUGCGGGGCGUCCGCGAGGGGCUGGGCCGGCACGUGGCGGGGCUGUGGGGCGCCGUGCGGGACCUGAACGCCACGGCCCGCGGCCAGGCCGCCCUGCUGGACAAGGCGCUGGAGCUGCCGCCCCGGCUCGGCGCCCUCAACGCCAGCCUGGGCCACCUGCGCGGGGAGCUGCAGCGCCUGGCACGGCUGGAGCGACACGGCCCCCCUGGCCCCCCUGGACCUGCUGGCCCCAUGGGCGAGACAGGCCCUCCUGGCCCCACUGGGCCCCCUGGCAAGGAUGGAGAACAGGGUCCCAUGGGCCCCCCCGGGCUGCCUGGAGAGAGAGGCGAGGCCGGGGAGCCGGGCUCGGUGCCCCGCGUGGCUUUCUCGGCGGCCCUGAGCACCCAGCGCACGGAGCCGGGCACCGUCCCCUUCGACCAGGUGCUGCUCAACGACGGCGGUGCCUACGAUCCCGAGACAGGCACGUUCACGGUGCCGGUGCCCGGGCGGUACCUGGUGAGCGUGGUGCUCACGGGGCACCGGGGCGAGGCGCUGGAGGCCGUCCUGUCCCGCUCCGGCCACGGCAUCGCCCGCCUGGACUCGGCCGGCUUCCAGCCCGAGGGGCUGGAGAAGGGGCCCGUGGCCGCGCAGGCCCCCAGCCCCGGUGCCCUGGGCGUCUUCAGCCUCCUGCUGCCGCUGGCGGCCGGCGAGACGCUGUGCGUGGACCUGGUGUCGGGGCGCCUGGCGCACGCCCCCGACGAGCCCCUCACCGUCUUCAGCGCCGCGCUGCUCUACGACUCCGAGGAGCCCUAGAGCUGCCGGGUCCCCCGCGGGGGCACAGCCAGGCCGGGGGGUCCCCACACCCUGCCGGGACCCCCACCCCCACCCCCUUAUUUAUCAGCACCCCCAGCCCUCGCUGUCCCACCGUCACACACUCCUGCCCCACACCGCCCGCCCGGGCUGCCCUGGCCCCCCACGCCGCCCCCGGCCCCCCACUGCCCCCCACAAUAAAGAUGCGGCACCGGGUUUUGUA